AAAUCAGUGCCAGAGUCUCGGCUUCUGAGAAAGACCAAUAUCUUGUCCAGAAGAAUAUGCUUUCCAGUACCAUCAUUCUUGAUUUAAGCUAGCAGGUUCAGACUUGGACCUGAGCCAAGCUGGCUCCAGGUACCUGCUGGCUUAACCAAACAAUGAAGCCUGCCGGUCUGAGAAAGUCGAGCUUGAUAUUCAUGUGCAAUAAUCAGGGGUAUGAGACUCUGCCUGAAAUGUUGAGUGGGCAUUCUUAGAUAUCUCAGUUCGACUUUUUCGAGUUUACGUCUGGAAGCUGGAGCUUUAGCCUCGAUUCAUUGGUCUCUUUAUAAAGAUACCAGUCUGAGUGCUCUAAUCUCUGAAAGUGCUCGGGGUUACAGAUAUCCCUCUCACACUCCACUCACCCCGAAGUUGGCUUUCUAUGGCAAAAAUAAAUGAACACUAACAAAAUAAUUUCAAGGUCAAGAUGAGCUCGAAGCUUCGGCCGCGGGCGCAGCGAAAUGGCAACAGCGGUGGCCUUUUUGUGGACGAGAACGAUAGAUCAGCACCCAGCAUAGCAUAUGAGCCAGCUAUUAAGCCAGAUGUAGAUGCUGAGGUUCGCAUCGACGAUGAUGACUUUGAAGCCGAGGAUGGUGAAGAGGAAGAAGAUGAUGGGACAUAUGAACCUAAGACAGCGAUCAGUGAGCCCAUGCAAAGUCAGCGCCGCAUCGGAGAAAUCAUAAGGAUUCUGAAUUCGCGGUAUCUCGAACUCAGUCCGGACUACCAGCGAGGUGUCGUUUGGAAUGAGUCUCGGAUGAGUGCCCUAAUUGAAUCUUUCAUUGAGAACUUUUACGUUCCGCCAGUGAUCUUCAAUGUUGUCAGGCUCGCUGAUGAAGGCGACGAAGCACGGUACAAGCGCAUUUGCGUAGAUGGAAAACAGCGUCUUACCUCUAUACGUGAAUUUCUUGCCGGAAAUAUACCAAUACGGGAUAAGCAUGGUAGAAAAUGGUACUACGUUGAUAAUGGCAAUGGCAAGUCCGGGCGCCGAGUGUUACCGGAAUCUGCAAAACAUCAAUUCCGCAACAAGAGUGUUGUCUGUUAUGAGUACCAAGAUAUGGGUCGGGAGCACGAGGAGGACCUGUUUGCCCGAGUUCAAGAGGGCGUUACAUUGACCGCCGCUGAGAAGCUCCGAGCGACAUCCGGUCCCUGGCAGAGCUUCAUCAAAGAUUAUGAAGAAGAUUAUCCUACAGUUGCGGGCCUGAUUAAGAACAAGCGUUCAGGUGGAUUUAGAAGCAUAGCAUCUUGCUUUGCGCAAAUAGUCGCCGUGCGAACCACCCCUAAAGGACGAAUUCCAGCCGUGAAAAGUAGCGAGAGCGUUCUCGAGGCCUUGUUCAAGCAAACGUAUCUCCUUACGGAAGACGCACAAGAGCUUUUCCGAGAAGUCUUUAACCUCUUCGCCAGGCUCAUUCGUGACUGGCCUCAUUUUUUAAAGGAACAUGACACUCUUAAGCAUACAAAAUCUUUCUCCCCUAUUGAGUUUUCGGCUGUUGGGGUACUUCUGUCAUUAUAUUACCUGCAUCGUGGUAGGGCACAGCUGGCCGAGGACAUCCAUCGGCUCCGAAUUGUUCUUCGAGAAAACUUUACUGAACUGAAACUGAACAAAAGAACCUGGGAAUUUGUUUGGGACUACAUCGACGGUAUUCAAAAACUCCGCGAUGAGGCGCCUAUUUUCUCAACACCGAAGCCCCCAGCCCAAGCAAAGGGAAUCGCGGCAGGUGAUGAAUCCACACAUGAUGCGCUUCCUGCCAGCGGCAAAGCGAGCAGCCUUACCCGUCAACGCCCCAGGAAAUCUACAGCCGCCGGACGGGAGAUCGACCGCGAAGCUGGAGAGAGACCCCCUCUUUCACGCGUUGAUCAAGAUGAUAAUGGCGACGGUGGAGCAGGAACUCAUGCACAACCCUUGGACGGUUCUCAUGAUAAUGACCUAACUCGAAACCUCGGCCAGGGCCUGAGUGGGAAAAAACCAAAGCUGGCGCGUUUCAAUACUAGUGAAGGUAACACAGGUGGCUCUGGCCGGGCUAUCGUUCCGAAUGGAGAUGGCCGAAGCCGCGGCGGAGUCGAAAACAACAACACUCCCUCCGCCAGAUUACAUCGUCCUGAUACAUACGCGAAAACCCCGGCUGGCGCUCCUCCUGCGCCCGGACAGGCCCCCGUCGCUGACAUGGGCCGCAAUGAUCAAUCAUUCUCUACUGCGCAGUCCUCUACUCCUCUCAGUAGCAUGAGCAAGCGUCGGCUUGCUCAACUCGAAAGCAGCAACGACACGCCUAUCAAGCGAACUAAGGGCCUGGCUGCUCGCCCAAGAUUUGACUAGAGGAGAUUUCACCUGCCCAUCUCUUUCUUCAAUUUUAUUUGCCGAGGCGUCGAAUUUACCGUUGAACAGCCUGCUGGCAUUCAUCACAGACCAAAAAGUAAUCCGAACAUUCGACAUUCCAAAGCGACCUAAAAAUGGACUAAAAACCCUUCAAUCUCAGUUCUACUCUAUUGCUCUUCGAACUUAAAUGUUGUUUCUUUAGCCAUUGUCAGCAACGCUAAAAUUAUUCGCGCGCCUUUAUUGUCCGCUUCACUCGCAAGAUACCUUAUGCAUUCUACUGCUUUAUGUGGGCCUACUUUUUUCCAGGAAGAGGGAUUCGGAGUUACAGCAUCAAGCGAUAAGCGUUUUUCCAAAAUCCUUACUUUUGAUGUCCAAAAUAGCGCUAGCAUGAGGUGCCUCUCAUAAACUCUUGUUCUAUACUCUUUCUUCCAUUGGUGUGCUCAUUUCCUUCGUCUGUCAUCAUCUAAGAACCUUCUACUUAUACUGUG